CGGUGAAAUAAAAAAAAUUAAUUUAAAAACGUAACAAAAAAAAGAAAUUUGUAUUUAUUAUUUAUAAAAUUAUGUUAAAACCAAAAGCUUUGACACAAGUGCUUAGUCAAGCUAAUACUGGCGGCGUAGAAAAUACAUUAUUAUUAAAUAGAGAUGGUGGUUUAUUAGCUUAUAGUGGUUAUGGUGAUAAGGAUGCAAGAGUAACUGCUGCUAUUACAAGUAACAUUUGGUCAGCUUAUGAAAAAAAUGGACGAAAUGCAUUUAAGGAAGAUGAAUUGCAAUUUAUAUUGAUGGAUUGUGCGGAGGGCAAAGUUGUAAUCACUGAAGUAGCAAAUUUAUUACUAUGUUUGUAUGCUAAAGAAAAUGUGGGGUUUGGUUUAUUAAGAGAAAAAGCACAAGCUCUGGCAAGAUAUCUUGAUAAACCAUUGAAAACAAUAGCCAAUAUGCCUUAAUCAUUAUAUAUUUAUAGAUAUAUAUUAUUAUCUAUGUUAUAAUAUUUAAUUUUAUAUUCUAAUAUUUAUAAUUUUUUGUAAAAAUUAAUUCUUAGUAUUGUCUUGUAAAUAAUAUUUUUUCAAUUAAUAAAAAUUUUAUGUAUUAAAAUUUA